UACAGAAGUUUGUCUCCCUCCCGAACUCCCUCUCCUACAAUUCCUCUCGGAUUCAUCUUGACAAAACCCUUAAAACCAACAAAAAGUACUCUCAAAGUCAUAUAAUUUGGUUUCAAGAAUCAAGCAAGAAAUUCUUGAACCUUGUUUGACCAAACAGUGCUGCUUCUCCAUCAAGACAAGACUGCAUUAACAACCCCAAUAUUUUUACAUCAAGUUAUUUGAGUUUUCUAGUGGUGGGAGUACUUCAAGCCUUCAUUCUGAUAGUCUUGACGAUAUGGACGUCGACAAUUCCUUUCUUGAACAACAAGGUAGGAGUACCGCUGCUAAACGUAGCAGUGACUCCUUGAAUGAUUGUGACAGUAAUGGUCAUAGCUUUUUGAAGAAGAAACCGAAACAAGAGAGAGAUUUAGGUUUCGCUGUGCCUGAUCGUGGGUGUCUUGCUCCUGUUCCUCUUAGAACGGCACCCCCACCAUUAACAUACAAUGAUCAUCAAGAAGGCCAUGUCGGUGCUGGUAACAACAACAAGAACAACAAUAACAAGGAUAAUCAAGUGGCUGCUGUUCCGGUUGUACGUGGUUGUAAGCAGUUUUGGAAAGCAGGGGAUUAUGAGGGAGGCAGCGUUGCUGACUCAUCUGCUGAUCAUUCUGGUGUUGGCAUGGAUCAUGUCAGGGUGCACCCCAAGUUCUUGCAUUCAAACGCAACCAGCCAUAAAUGGGCACUGGGAGCUUUUGCUGAACUCCUAGACAAUGCUGUAGAUGAGGUUGGUCAUGGAGCUUCUUGUGUAAGCAUAGAUGUUCUGAAUAACAGCAAAGAUUUCUCUAAGAUGUUGCUAGUUGAAGAUAACGGUGGUGGGAUGACUCCUGACAGGAUGCGGGCAUGCAUGUCUCUUGGAUACUCUGCCAAAAGCAAAAUGGCUAAUACUAUUGGUCAAUAUGGAAAUGGCUUCAAAACUAGUACAAUGAGGCUUGGGGCAGAUGUGAUUGUGUUUUCUCGCUGUCGGGGGAAGGAUGGAAACAGUGUAACACAAAGUAUCGGACUGCUGUCCUACACAUUUUUAACAGCCACUGGAAAGGAAGAUAUAGUGGUUCCAAUGAUUGACUUUGAGAAAGGAGGACGUGGCUGGAACAAGAAAAUUCGCUCUUCUUCGAAUGAUUGGGAUAUGAAUUUAAAAACCAUAUCGCGGUGGUCGCCAUUUGCAAGUGAGGAAGAACUUCUGCAGCAGUUUAACUUCCUGAAAGAUCAAGGAACACGUAUCAUCAUCUACAAUCUUUGGGAGGAAGAAGAUGGGCAUCUGGAAUUGGAUUUCUACACCGAUGCACAUGACAUUCAAAUUAGAGGAGACCAUCGAGAUGUUAAUAAUGUAGUAAAGGCAACAAAAUAUCCGAACUCCAGACAUUUUUUAACUUAUCAACAUUCAUUAAGAAGUUAUGCAUCAAUUCUCUACCUAGAACUUCCACCAAGCUUCAGAAUUAUCUUGCGCGGGAAAGAAGUGGAACACCAUGACCUAGUGAAGGAUAUGAUGCUAGAGCAGGAUAUUUCAUACAAGCCUGUGAAUGUUCUAGAGAUAGUUCAAGAGAAUAAGAAUAUGGCUGCAACCGGGAAAAUUGGGUUUGUGAAGGAUGCUGGCAAUCAUAUUGACGUUCAGGGAUUUAAUGUUUAUCACAAGAAUCGACUUAUCAAGCCUUUUUGGAGGGUGUGGAAUGCUGCUGGAAGUGAUGGUCGUGGGGUAAUAGGUGUAUUGGAAGCAAAUUUUGUUGAGCCUGCUCAUGAUAAACAAGGUUUUGAGCGCACAAGUGUGCUUUCAAGAUUAGAGGCAAAAUUGAUUAAUCUGCAAAAGACUUAUUGGAGGACAAAUUGCCAUAAGAUUGGCUAUGCUGUGAGGAGGCAGUCUAAGAACCUUUCUUCAGACACAAUACAAUCAGCAUGCAAUAAAGACAUACACUCUGCACGAACGAGUCAGAACGGACAGUGCUUCACUGAUGGAAAUAAAAGAUCCUCACAUGAUAAUGCAAUUUAUCAGAAUGGACAUGGCUCUGAAAGUCGACAGUCCAGAAUGAAAAACGGAUUGAAUUCCUGCAAAAUAUCAGAUGUCAAUGAUGCAAGCGAAGGUGUUAGACAUAAUGCACCCUUUGCUUCCAGGAAAUCUCUGCACGACCCCAUCAAACAUCAAAGCACCCACUUGUUAACCUCUCCUUCAUAUCCCAAGCCUGUUGUCAUCAGCGAGAAUGGCCAAAUUACCACCAAUGGCAACGUGAAGACUAUAUCCAACUCAAAAGCAGAGGAUCGUGAAUCAAGAAUCUGUGGGACUGAGAAUCAUCUUCUGCAAUAUGAAAGGGACAAGUGCCGGAAACUUGAAAGCCAGCUUCAAGAGAGAACAAAUGAGCUUGAGGCAGAAAGAAAGAAAACAGAACUGUUGGAGAAAGAGUUUCAGUGUCUUGUAGUUAUGAUACAGGAAGAAAGGACCAGGCAGACCGAACGAGAGAAUGAAUUAGUGAAGAAGAUUAAGGGUGGAUCCCAAGCUAUCGAGGAUCUAAGAGAGAGGGCGAGACGGCUAGAAGCCAAGGAGCUCCUAAGCUGCAAAAUUGAAAAGAACUGCUACUAAUUAAGCAAUAUUCUUGGACUUCGUUUAGUUAAUUAAUUUAGUUUUAAGCAGGAGAGGUUGUAAAUUAGUAGUAGUACAUAUAUGAUAUGAUAAUUAUAAAAAUAGUUGUGGUAUGUGCAUCAAGGCAUAUAUGCCAGUAGGGAAAACUGUUGGUGCUCUAGAAAUGAUUGAAGCAAUAAUAGGCAUAGUUUACAC